GACGUGGUCCUUGAGUGUCAUCAUGUACAUCCUGCUGUGUGGGUAUCCCCCCUUCUAUUCCAACCAUGGCCUUGCCAUCUCUCCGGGCAUGAAGAGUCGCAUCCGGAUGGGCCAGUAUGAGUUUCCCAACCCGGAAUGGUCAGAAGUAUCAGAGGAAGUGAAGAUGCUCAUCCGGAACCUGCUGAAAACAGAGCCCACUCAGAGAAUGACCAUCACGGAGUUCAUGAACCACCCCUGGAUCAUGCAAUCCACGAAGGUCCCUCAAACCCCACUGCACACCAGCCGGGUCCUGAAGGAGGACAAGGAGCGGUGGGAGGAUGUCAAGGUGAGGGGAGCCCCUGGCACGGAGGGCUCGGGAAGGCAGCUCACGGGGCCGCCCAGCUCCCAGUGCCUCCAUGAGUUCACCUUACUCCAAAGGCACAGUGUUUCGGCCUGCACCCUUGGGCUGCACAAGUCCGUGGGCGAUCUGUCUGCGGCAGCCCCUGCCCGAUCCUGA